GCCAUACAUUGGUGAGGACCAUCCCCCGUACCAAGAUGGCUGCCGCAUUGACGCCACGUUCCAAUCAACGGCAGCCGUCAAAGUGACGUCCACGGUCUGCACUGCCGUGCGCUGUCUUGUUUUGAGGACAGCGUGACGUCACAUCCGCCGUCAGCAUCACCCAGUUAGCUCACUUAGUAGCUUCCAGCUAAAAGCACCGCUGACGGUCAUCUAUGAGUCGCAAAAGGAACCACAGUUUCCUGGAAACGAAGCGGUCUCCUGAGUUCUACGGCGCUUUCAUGGACGUCGCCGGGACAACGAAGAGAGCCGACGAUGAUUGCCUGGAGCUGGAGCGCGAGGAGGAGCUCCUGUGCUCGGUCAGCGACAUCACGGAGCACCUGAAGAGAAACAUAGCCGUGGUCCUGGAGUCAGCCCAGGCGGAGAUCCGCCGAGUGGUCAGUGUCCGGAUCCAAGUCCUUAAAAUGGAGCUGCGCGAGAAAAACGCGGAGAUAGAAAAGUUGAAGGCUAAGCUGGAGACCAUUCAGAGGGAUGGGAGGGAUGGCUUGACGGCUCUGGAGCCCUCCUCGGAGGCUGGCUUCAUGAGGUUCACUUUCAUGCCCGGAUCCAAGCAUGGCAGCGUCGAUCCCAGGAGAGCCAAAUCUGUCAUCCCCGAGGUGAAGAGGGAGAACAUAGACGCCAUCUGUGACUUUCUGAUGAAGGACAAGAACUUGAAGGGCUGUGGUGAAAUGGACGCGGAGCUGGUCACCCCAGCCAGGGGCGAAAAAGAGGCUGAAGAAGAAGCGGAAAUGCACUCCCUGGACCUGUGGUCGGACAAUAGGGUGGAUGCUUCGGGGUCGGUGCAUGGAGACCCCGACUCCACCUCGGACUUCAUGUUCAGCAUGCCUCCCAUCGGCAGCAGACGGCUGGAGGACUAUGAAUGGACUCCACCGGCGGCAUAUUCUGCAGACCUGAAAGACAUGAAGCAGCCUGAAUGUGAAAACACACGGGCCAGUGUGCUCGAUGAUGAGGACGACGUCGAAGAGUUGUCCAGGAGGGAGGGGGGUGGACAGAAGCAAACCCAGGUUUGUUUUUCCCAUGUCCAGCUGUCCGAGUGCUCCACGAAAGCCCAGGGCUCUCCGGGGAUGGGAGGGAGUCCGUCGGAUGACAACAAGGACAGGCCGGAGACAGGCCAGCAGUUUACAAGCCACACCUACAUCUGUUCACUUUGUGGAACCUUUUGCCCCGACUCUGUGUUUUUGGAGGACCAUAUCAAGCUCAUACACCCAGAUGCUGAUGACACUCAAGCUGCCAGGGCCCAAAACUUCGCCUCCUCUGCUGGACCCACUGUGGAAGAUGGUAGCAGUGAUCCUGCUAGGAUUGUAAAGGGGACUAGUGAAGGCAGCCCAGGAAUAAGCUCUGGUUUCAGCAUCGGCCAUGGAGGGGGAGCUGUGAAAAAGGAGAUUAAAACUGAAGGGGGUUAUGAAUGCGGCGACUGUGGCCGUCAUUUCAACUACCUUGGCAACCUGCGGCAACACCAGCGCAUCCACACCGGAGAAAAACCUUUUGUGUGUCCAGAAUGUGGAGAGAGGUUUCGCCAUGCUGCCAGAUUAAAAAGUCACAGAUUGGUACACAGCGGUGCCCAGAGUCCUUUCCCUUGCCCACAGUGUGGGAAAGGUUUUUCAGUGCUUUCUGGUCUGAAAAGACACCAAAGGGUGCACACUGGUGAGAGUCCGUAUGCCUGCCCUGAGUGUGGUCGGUGCUUUAAGGAGCUAGGAAAUUUGUACACCCACCAGAGGAUCCAUAGUGGGGCUACUCCUUACUGCUGCCAACAAUGUGGACGCUGCUUUCGCCAUCUAGGUACAUACAAGAGUCACCGGUGCUCUCCGGCACCAUAACCCACCUUUAAAGUACGUUGAUCGUGAUAAUCAUAAAAGAUGGAAGUAAAGACAAGUUGCGAUUGAGGUUGUCAGAAUAAUCAACAUCUCGGUAAAAUCGAUACUAAAAACUUGAAUUAUUCAAAGAUACUCCUUUGUGUCAAAAUCAAUAUAAACUUGACCCAUUGACAUUUGCCCCAAUUGUGGGACUGCAGCUGCUCAUCUCCACAAGGAUCUGCUGCUGGAACUCUAACAUGUCAGGUUCAGCCAGAAGGCCAUGUGAGACUCACUUUAUCGGCAAGAAAACUGUUGUGAAGAACUUUCUCUGUAAGACAGACGGACUUGCUAAGCUAAUGCUGUAAGCUAACACUACAUGGUAAUGGUACGACUUCGGUUUGAGACUGACAUAAAAAGGUCAAAAAAGCUCCUGUAGCUGCAACAGUGAAGUAGUAAACUUCUAGGGUGACAUAAGCUAACGCUAUCCAUUAGAACAUUAGCAACACAGACAGUGUUCUAUGCAUCUGAGAUAUGCUUCCAGGCCUUUCUACUGCGCUAAUGAAUCGACGUAGGAAAUGCAAAUUUGCUGAUGACUCGGUCGGCUAAUAACUAGUGGAGCAACAACACAAACCAGUGCACAGCUCAUCCUUUACUCCACCCUAUUUAGCUGUGAAGGCUAAUGUGGCUAACUACAUGGGUUCUGGUAGGGCCAGACUGAACCCGACAAUUGGAGCAGAAAAAAGUUGGAUCCCGUAAUAACCUACCCUGCUGCUGUUGUUGAUCACUGAUGAAAAUAUUCAGCAAAAGGACCAGAAAGACACAAAUUGUACAGGGUUGCUGCUAAAUAUACUUGCAUGGACCAGAUCCUUAGUUAUAUUGUAAAAAAUAUGCCAGAUCCAUGUUUGUUUUGAAACACUUUUAUUUUAGUAUAUAAUAAAUAUUUGUCCCUCAGCAGGGAUAUUUUUUCUAUCAGUUUGAAAUUGGUAGACAGAACACACCGUCGUAAAUUAGAGAAAAGCAGUUAUAACAGAAAUAAAUUCUCGACUGAAUCAAAGGUGCAUACAGUCCCUCAGUCAUCUUUUUUCACUCUAAAAAUCUGCUUAUGAGGCACUUUUAAAGCAUCCCAGUACUAGUGGGCGCAGUGAAAAGCCACGGUGAAUGCUACGACAUAGGAACUACAGGCACAGCAGCACAUGGAGGGUUUGUGAGGAGGCGGUUAUUUCUACAAGAGAAAUAAAGGAAACGUUGGGAGUGUGGGAGAAGCUUUUAGACUAUAUUUAAAAGAAAACCCCUGACAAAGUUGCAACUGUGCAUGCAACAUUUCAGUUUAUUAACUAUUCACUCAUAAGAGUUGAACCUGAUUAAAUUGGACAGGUUUUAAUAGAAAACCCCUGCAGAUAAAAGUGAGGAAAGCAUGUCAGAAUGGGCAAAAAUCAGCAAAAAAGAUUCAGUUAUUCAGUUCAUUCCUCCACCUCUGUCAGCGUCUUCAUGCUGUCUAAUCUCCAGGUUGAAUGCUGUACAUUAUGCUGAACUGUACUUAAUAAAACCAGUUUAGUUCACUACA